AUGACUUCGCAUCCAGACUUACAACAACACUCAGAUGAAGGGGGUUCGAAUGCGACGCUAGCUGCUAGCGGGAGCCUUGAAGAGGCCACAGAGCGCACCCCUUUGUUAUCUCAGAAAGCGCGGGUAGACACGCCUACGAGUGCCAGCGAGAGCUCAGACGAAGAACCGAAUCCCGGCGGGCUCACGUUCGACGAAGACACCGCAGGCGGACUCGGCCGUCACCUUGGCGUGACCUCAUGCACGCUGCUCAUCGUCGGACGCAUCAUCGGUACCGGCAUCUUCUCCACGCCUUCCUCGAUCCUCACAAGCGUCGGCUCCGUCGGCGCGUCGCUCAGCUUGUGGGUCCUUGGCUUCUCGCUCUCGUUCUGCGGGCUGUUCAUAUGGCUCGAGUUCGGGACGAUGUUUCCGAGGAGCGGAGGCGAGAAGGUGUACCUUGAAGCCGUGUAUCAGCGUCCGAAGUACCUCGCGACGAUGAUCUUCGCGAUGCAUGCGAUCUUCUUAGGCUUCACGGCCAGCGGGUGUAUCAUCUUUGCUAGCAAUAUCCUCGUCUCAAUAGGCUAUGAAGCCAGCCGCUGGACAGAGCGUGGCAUCGCACUCGCAGUCAUGAUUUCUGUGACACUCUUGCAUGGAUUCACGCCUCGUCUUGGAAUAGCGCUCAUGAAUGGACUUAGCGUCUUCAAGAUAAUAAUCCUCUCGAUCGUAGUGGUCACCGGCUGGGCCGUCCUCAGUGGUAACACUCGUAUUGAUGACCCAUAUGCCAACUUCCGCAAGCCCUUCGAGGGCACGUCACAUAGUCCCAACGACUGGGCAUCGGGAACGUUCAAAGUUCUCAAUGCGUACGUUGGCUGGUCUAACGUGAACAACGUCCUGAACGAGGUUCGCAAUCCUGUGCGCACGCUCAAGAUAGCUGGACCGCUUGGACUGGGAAUAUGCGCUGUCUUGUAUUUCCUCGCCAAUAUUGCGUACUUCAGUGCAGCUACCAAGGAAGAAAUCGAUAACAGCGGAGUGACUGUUGCUGCGUUAUUCUUUGGCAAGGUGUUCGGAUCAGCAGCUCAGAGCGUCCUUGCAGUCUUCGUUGCUCUCAGUGCUCUCGGGAACGUCGUCACUGUCACCUUCGCCACAUCACGCAUCAACCAAGAGCUUGCGAAAGAGGGCAUCCCACUCCCGUUCGGCAACAAGUUCUGGGCAUCGAACUGGCCGACGGGGAAGUCGCCUCUUCCAGGCCUGAUCAUCCAUUUGAUACCUUCACUCAUUGUGAUCAUCGGCCCUCCACCAAAAGUUGUAUAUCCAUUCAUCCUCAACGUCGAGAUGUACCCAGCGCAGAUAUUUAACCUGUUUAUUGUCGUGGGUCUGUUCUAUCUACGCUGGAAGAAACCGGACGUGCAUCGGCCGUUCAAAGUGUGGACGCCCCUUGCAGUGUUCUAUUUCAUCGCUGCUGUCUUCUUGAUCAUCGCGCCUUUCAUCCGCCCGCCCAACGGCGUCGGCGAUACGCCUCCGUUGCCCUAUUACUUAUACGCCUUGGUCGGUAUUGCCGUUCUGCUCGUUGGCGUAAUCUACUGGGCUGCAUGGCGCCUUGUCUGGCCUCGUGUAUUUGGAUAUGUGCUCGAGCCACGGAAGGAGCGGCUUGAGGAUGGGACCGUUGUCACUGUCUUGACCGCAAAAAGAUCGACUAAAACGGAACUAUCUUUCUCUGCUGCCUUUUACUUGAACAUAUAGAUGUCCCUUGUAGUAUAGAUGUACUUCAGCAUGUAAUGCAAAAUGCGCGUUAAAC